GGGCGGGUGGCUCGCGAUGGCGGCGCGUGCUCUGGGGCUGCGGCGGGUCCAGCUGCUCUGCUGCCUGCUGCGGCCUUGCGGCGCGGGUGGCACCGGGAGGCGGCUGGCUCUCGCUGCCGGGCUGCGCUGGGACUCCCUCGGCCCCCCGCGGCUGACGCGCCGCCUGGCCACGCUGCCGCCCGGAGACGGGCCCAGGACGCGCCCGUCCAAGCCGGGGCCAGUUUCUUGGACGUCCCUGGCAGUCACGUUUGCAGUCGGAGGUGCUCUGCUGGCAGGCAUGAAGUACUUGAAGAAAGAAAAAGAAGAAUUGCUGGAGAAGGAGCGAAAGCGAUCACUGGGGAAGCCUUUGCUGGGAGGCCCUUUCUCUCUCAUCAAUCAUGAAGGGCAGCCAAGGACCAACAGUGACUACCUGGGCCAGUGGGUGUUAAUCUACUUUGGCUUCACACACUGUCCCGAUAUCUGUCCAGAGGAACUGGAGAAAAUGAUUCUAGUGGUGGAUGAAAUUGACAAGAUCCCAUCUUUGCCAGACUUGACCCCAUUGUUCAUUACUAUUGACCCAGAGAGGGACAACCAAGAAGCCAUUGCCAGAUAUGUUAAAGAAUUUUCUCCCAAGCUUAUUGGAUUGACUGGCACCAAAGAGGAGAUUGAGCAGGUGUCCAGAGCCUACCGUGUGUAUUACAGCCCAGGGCCCAAAGAUGAAGACAGUGAUUACAUAGUGGACCACACAAUUAUAAUGUACCUCGUUGGACCAGAUGGUGAUUUUGUGGACUAUUAUGGUCAGGACAAGAAGAAUUCUGAGAUUGCGGCUUCUAUUGCUGGACAUAUGAGACAACGUAAAUUCAGCUAAAAUGCAAGAUGUUCAAAGAAUGUUUGCAAACCCAAACUAUAAUGAGAAUUGCUACAAGUCUGGCAUAUCUUUGCUUUCAACUCCACUGACCCAGUGCACUUUAUCCUUGUGUCAUGAGUCAUCUCUCCCAAAUAAAGGAGGUACAUAUCGUACUUAAUUUUACAAAAUGUAUUACCAGAAAUAUGUAUAGAAUAUUAACGAAUUGAUAUCUCUUAGAGUGACAUGUGUGCUGCAAAAUGAGGUUUGUGGCUUCUUUGAAAUGCUGUUUAGAGCAAAAAGUUAACCCUUUUUGGGGGGACCUCAUGUCACUUGAGAGGUUUUUGCCAGAAAUAAAUGGGGUGUGCAUAAGGUAGGGAAGGCUAUUUCCCUUAUGUAAGCCAGAUAGCUGUGGUGUCCCCUUCAAUUUUCUGCAGGAGAGGGGAGGGUACUGAGAACAGUAUGCUCUUUAACUCACAGGACCAGCCUAAACAUAGGGACACAACUUCACUUAGAUGAAAUGCUCUCUUCUUUCUUUAAAAACAAAACAAAAAAAAUCAUUCUUGCUCGUAAAAUUCAUCCCAAACUUGAUUCAUUUAAUUGUUCUGAUCUAAAUAGCAUUCAACACCUUUCUAGGCUAGCCUGUGAAACACUGAAUAACAAACUGGGGAAGUAAGGUAUUGUGCCGACGCCUGCAUGCAUAAGGCAGUUGAUCAGGUAAAAUGUGUGCAGUAAUCUGAUUGUAAAAUAAAGGAAUAAUUUUGAUUCCUCUGGACCAAAAAGGGUGCUGACAGAUGUGAGAAAAAAUACACCCUCACACGUUACCAGAACCAGCAGCAAGUUAUUUGGACCCAACUCUGUAGCAUCUAUAUAGAUGGCACACUUCAGCAGGGCUUUUUGGCGCUUUUAUCUAAAGCUGAUUCAAUCAGCUAGUAGACAAAAGUGCCAAAAAAGCCCCACUAAAGUGCCCAAUCUAUAUAGACAUUGGGAAAGCCAGGUGCAGCUAAUGCACUGCCUCUUCUGGGCUUGGUGCGGGGGCAUGCUGAGCUUCAAGUAAAGUGCCAUUUUUUCCCCUACACCUGCAAGCAGCCUAAGUGACUUUUGAAAUCUCAGAACCAUCCUCAAAGAGAUGAAAAGUUAUUGUAUAUAUCCAGUAUAGUACUUGCAGGCUGGAGAUAGUCCCUUUUCACGGUAGCUUAAAAGUUGUUUGGGUGGGUAAAAUCAAUAUUAAAUUAGCACGUGGACAGCCUGUAGUCCCGGAAUAUAUGCAGCAUUACAGAGAGUAGUCAGAGGCCAUGCCAUUUCAUGGUCACAGCAGAUAGUCCUCCUGCACAGUUUGUGCCUUUGAAAACACAGUAACUAGGGGUGCACCGAUAGAGAUUUUGGGGGCAGAUACCAAUAGCUGAUUUUUAAGGAGGCAUAUCAGCCAACACCGAUCUGAUUUCUGAUACUGCUGCAUGCAGCUGGUAAGUCUGUUGUGGUGAAAAGGGAGUGGGGAGGGAAGGGGCAUGGCUGGGGCAGGUGCAGGAUGGAGCUGCAGCUUGACUGGGAGGUGCAGGGAGAGGGCAGUGGCUCCUGGGCAGGCUGUAGCUGCGAGCUGGGGUCAGGGGCUGCAGCGCCUACCCCAGCCCUGGUCCCUCCCUCACUGCAGGGGGCAUUAAUCUGCCCCCCACAUGCCCCUUCUCUUCCCCUCCCCUUUCAUCACAACAAACUUACCAGCUGCACGUAGCUCUCCAUGCUGCUGGCAUGCUGGGCACAUGCACGGGCAUUUAUUGGCCAAAUUAUUGGCCACAUCAGGCCAAUUUCCAAUAUAGUCAAUUUUCUUUAUAUUGGUGCCAAUCCGAUAUCAGACUGAUGUAUUGCUGCACCUCUAACAGUAACCAAGGAAAACAAUUUUAAAGAGCCUAAGAACUGCUUGGCAAACACUGCCAAGGUCUGUGUAUAAUCUGGGCAGUUAUGGAACCCAGCUUCAGUCCUUAGCAGCAGAAGAUUUUGCUUAGUGACAAUUCUGAAUUAUGUGCCCUUGUGCAUUUUUAAUUCAGAACUGUUGAGGUAUGGAGAUCAGUAUUUCAGGGGAAAGUAUUUUGCAUUGCUUGCCACAUUGUCAUCUAUAGCAAUAAGAACCAGCUGGGUCAGACCAAAAGUCCAUCUAUCCCAGUAGCCUGCCUUUGAAAAUGGCAAGGCAUGGAUGCGUUUGAGUAGUGGGGGCAACAAGGUAGACCCAGCCCCCCUCCCCAAGUGUCACUCCAAUCCCUUUCCCCUCCCAUAUCCAUUGCCUCACCUAUUCUCCUUCCUGGUCUAUCUACCCCAGUUUUUUCUUCUUGCUGGAUCUGUCACAUGUCACACAAAGCGGCUGUGCCUGCCACUUAUGGCAUGUACACUGCAGCUUGGUCACUUUACUUUAGAGAAUCAGUAUAAGAAACAUGGCGUGUGUAAUCAUCUAUCCUGUCAUUAUCUCCCAGUUACCAAUAGCUAUAGGUUUAGGGAUGUCCUGAGCCUGAGGUAACAUUCCUGACUGCUGUAUUUAAUACCCCUUUGUAGAUUUAUCCUCCUCAAAUGCGUCAGAUCCCUUUUUAAACCCUAAGUAGAUUAUUGGCUUCAACAAAAUGUUGUAUAUGUGGAGAAUGAGUCUGCCUUGACGUUGAGAUUACAAUCAAGAUUUUUCAUAGAAGUAAGGUGCUGUUAAAAGUUACCUUUAAGCCAUUCUAUAUCUGUGGACUGUUAGGCAGUGUUACAAUUAGAGCAGCUGCAGGUUGAGGCUUAAUGCUGUUUCUGCCCUUCACAACUUUGAUUUGUCACUAGAGGGCCUGGUAAGCAGGGGCAUGGCCAGGAGCUAGAACUCUAUCCCUCGUUUUGCAGUUAAGCACUGCAAGAGUAUGGAGUGUGGGAAGCAUGUGUCCCUAGGUUCCAUGCUUCUGCCACCUCGUAGCUCUGUUCCUAGUGUGGAAUUACCAGGGAUUAACAGUGGUGACAGCAUGGACCCAGGGGCAUGUGCCUCCCUGUGCUCCAUGCUCUUGUCACAUUUGGCAGUAGGCAGCCCUUCCUACCGCUCCAUCCCCCCUGGAAUGUGCGAUGCUGGGCAGAAAACCAUAGCUGACUCUUUCCCAUCUUCUCCCCCACAAAAUUCUCUUGGUUCUGAGAGAGUUUGCCUGUGUGUGCUGCAAAGGCUUAGCUCUCUGAGAACAGGCUGCCUGCCUGGCUUCUGGUCCUGGGGUCCUUGGAGCCAGCAUGAUGUCAUUACUUCACAAUCAGGGCGGCUAGGAUCUGGAACCAACUUCCAAGGGAAGUGGUGCUUGCCCUUACCCUGAGGGUCUUUAAAAGGAGGCUAGAUAAUCAUCUAGCCGUGGUCAUUUGACCCCAGCAUUCUUUCCAGCCUAUGACAGGGGGUCAGACUUUAUGAUCUGCUCAGGUCCCUUACGACCCUAUCUAUUAUGAAACUAUGUGGGCUAGACCCAUAUCAACUGGGGGUGGAGGGGGUGUUGGCUUGGGGACUAGUACCCCACCACCUGGGCAGGAGAGCUUGGGAGAGUGGGAAGCUUGGCUGGGUAAAGGGGCUGGGAGCCGUGCAUCUUGAGAUGCUAGUUGACAGUAAAUUGGUCACUAUAUCUCCAUGGAGCAGACUAGCAAUAUCCAAGCUCAAGCUGCAUGCAGUGGCUCAAAGAUAACCCUCCUCCUUAUUUAGAGGGUACGUAGCACAGUUUAAUAACCUUUAAUUAGGGACCUACCUAAAUUGUUUCUGUAAAAUCCAGGGUUACCCACAAAAUCCGUGCAAAACGAACUUAAUAAAGUUUUUAUUUAGUCUCCCUCUUAAUAGCAGCCUGCCAGAAGGGGAAGGCGCCAGCUGGUAGAGUGGCAUGAAAGGGGUAGCAGACAAGAUGGCGGCUGCCCCUCCUCCCCCUGCCGCUCUCUAGGGCCUCUCUGCCAAUCAGUGCUGAGAGGCAGGGCCAGAUGAAGGGCAGCCAGCAGUCAAAAUGGUGGCCACCCCCUCAUUCCUUCUUCCUACUGGAACCUCUCCACCAGUCGGUGCUGAGGGAUGGGGCCUCUAUGCCAAUCAGCACUGAGAAGCAGAACAAAAUUGGCUUUGUAAAGUUUAAAGGUAACCCAUACCACCACCAUGAGAAUUAGGAGUGUGCAUUGUCAACACUACGUAUGUGUUGGGACCGACUUAAUUUGUGGUUUCACAUAUUUUGUUGAAACAGCAAAAUCCGGGAUUGUCCACAAAAUCGCCAACAAACCUUAAUAAGAAUAAAAUGCUGCCUCCGCAGUGGGAGCCAGUGGUUCUCCCUGCUGGGAGGGGAGGCACUGUGUGACAGGGUAGCAUGAAGGGCAACAGACAAGAUGGCAGCCAUCCACUUGUCCCUCCUUGCCCUGCCAGGGCCUGUCCACCAAUUGGUGCCAAGGGGUGGAGUAGCUCAAAGGGCAGCCAGCAAGCAAAAUGGCGGCUGCCCCCUUAUCCCUCCUCCCCCUGGGACCUCUCCACCAUUCAGCACUGAGAGGCAGAACCUCUUGGCCAGUCAGUGCUGAGGGGCGGUUCCACUGCAAAAUGCCCAUGAAAUUGGCUCUGCUUGCCAGAAAAAAACUUUAACCUUGCUGUGAUUUAAGUAGCUCCCUAUGUAUAUGUUCAACAGUUUAUUCAUCAGAACUUGAGAAGGAAAAUGUGAACCAAAGCGCAGAACCCAGAUUACUUCAGACGUCAUGCAAGAAUGGUCUUUAAUCUUUUCAGUCAAAAUGAAAAAGUAACUGUUCUGGAAAUUGUUCUCUGUAUUAAUUCUCAGCAUUCAACAAAAUCUUUUGAUAAAUUCAAAUUCUAUUUAA